GCGAAUGUUGAUGAUCUCGAGGAUGGCCCGACGCGGCCGGCGCAGGCAGAAGGUGUGAGUGUAACCUCAGGCCAACUCCGCAGGACUCGGCAUCUCCGCAGUCGCAAUCAGCGCCCAACUUUCCCUCCCCCACAUCUUCCUUCCUUCCCUUGACUUUGAGACUUCUUGAGUCUUGAUGAUUUCCACCCCUCCCAUCCGAUCCGCCCAGCUCCCGGUAUCCAUGGAAAAACAACCUUUUCUAUUUCGGGACGAGACCCGCUCCUGUCAUGACGAUGAUGUUGAGAUUCCCGUUCCUCCUGCCUCGAGCCCGAAGUGCGCCCGACGCCGUCGCUUCGUCGCCGCCCUCGCCAUCAUUGGCCUGAGUUUCAUACCCUUGCUCGUUCUAGGGUGGUCCUUGACCUCGACGGCUUCCGGCUUCCGCUUGUUCAGCUGCCAUGGCUUGACAAGGCGUAUCUUCUAUGGUUUCUCAACUACCACGGAGGGCGCGGAGCUGCCCUUGAUGGACCUCGCCGACGAGGAACCCUCCAAGGUUCCUCUGGAGGCCCACAUCAUGAGCAAAUGCCCGGAUGCUCAGUACUGCCUACAAGAGUUGGUUGUGCCAGCCAUGGAGCAAAUCAGCGACAAGGUGGACUUCGACUUGUCCUUCAUUGCAACAGUCUCCCACAAGACUUCCGACAUCGAAUGCAAACAUGGUCCUAGUGAAUGUAUCGGUAAUAUACUCAUUCUCUGUGCCCAGGAACUGCCGUUCCCCGAGGGCGGCGAUGCUCGCAUGCCGACCAUUCGCUCUCUUGGCUUCGCCAAUUGCCUUAUCAGCUCAUAUGAAGACAUUCCAAACCGGGAGCUUGUGCAACAUUGCGCCCUGGAGCAUGGCAUUGAUUUUGAUGCCUUGAAUCAGUGUGCUAGUCAGCAAGAAGAUGACCCGGGAAACGAUGGUCUGAGUGGCCUUGCGUUGCUGCGAGACAGUGCUCUUUAUAGCGCUGACCUGGGGGUCAAGACAAGCUGUACUCUGCGGCUGGAUGACUCGACCUGGUGUGUCCGAGACGGCGGUGUUUGGAAGGACUGCGCCGGGGAUGGGGAGGGAAGUGAGGUGUCAGUACUUGUUGACGAGAUCAACAAACUCUGGGGGCAGAGAAAUUGAUUUUCACAGCCCACUCAGAAUGUGAUUGCUCAUCAAGGUUUAUGAUUUAAUGUCACGGCGAACAUAGGGAAUUUGGGCUUUUGGAUGCAGGUUUGCGCCAGCUUGGUCUCGGUCUGGCUUGGUUAUUGUUAUUGUAGCUUAUGGGAGCUUUAUAGAAAUUGUUAAUCCCGGACAAUGAUGAUUAAUUUACUAUACAUGAUGCUUGGAGCCACUAUUCUUCUCUAUGACAAGA